AUGAGUCUUGGACAAACCAUCGGAACGCGCGUCGCGGGGACGCGCGCGUUCGCGGCCAGCGCGGACGCGCCGCUUCUGGUGACGAUGAUUGGAGCUCAAAAACCCGUCAGUGAGGUGCACCGCAUGAUCGAAGCGUCGGGGGCAGAGAUUAAGGAGUCGCGCAACGUCCGACUCGGCGGUCGGGCUUCGAACAUGUUCUUGGUGACGAACGUGGACCCGAUGGCGCUUAAAAAGCAAUUCGAGGGACAAGUGUUUGAUUUCUUUUCCGUGUUUCCGGCGAAAAACACGGUGCAAGACAUCAAGGGUCCGUACUGCGAGACGUCCCCGCUCUUGCCGUAUGUGCGUAAAGCGACGAUGAGCGUGCCGUUCAAAAAGGGCGUGGUGAACGAAAUCACCGAAUUCUUAUGCUCCAAGGGGGUGACGUUGAGUCACAUGGACGAGUACCGAUCCGGCAAGGAUAUCGUUUUGGAGUGCAUCAUGCAUUUGCCCACCGGUCUCGCCGAGUUCCCGUCGGUCGACGACAAGUACGUUCUCCAAAAUCUCGAGGCGCUCGGUUGCACCGUCGCUGAGUUUGGACGCGUCGAGGGCCGACCGCAAGCGGAAAAGGCGGCGAAAAACUAA